AUGGAUAACAUUGAUCUACCGCUAUCGUCUUCUUCAUCUAUUAAACUACGUUCUGAAAGUGAACGCGCCAGAAGUGCCACCUUAAAUUCUAUAGAUAUAGCAUUCCAUUCUGUUGAUCGAAAUAGAACUGGUCAACAGCAACACGAAAAUGACAAUACAUUACUUUCAACCACUUCAUCACCACAAUCAAAGUCAGGGAAAAAUCAAAGCAGACCACCGCGUCCCGAUAUAAAGAGAGCUAGAAGUGCAACAAUGUCAAUGCUACAGGAUAACUCAAGUUUCCACUCAAUACAAAAUACAGAGAGUCCAACUUGGCUACUAAGUGAUCUAUUGUCCAACUUGGCUGUAUUUAAAGAUAAAAAUGAAUACUCGAUAGUUGCCAAGGCAAAUGAUCUAGUCAUGCUAUUCCAGCAACACCCCAACUUAAAACAUGACGUACAAAUCAAGGCUGUAUUACCAAGAAUACAAUUUAUGUUGUACCACCCAGUUUCGGAGGUUCGAAGUUCAUGCUACAGGAUAAUUCGAUACUUGAUUGUUAACUACGAAAGUUUGAUGAUAUUGGUACAACAGAAGUUAUUGAUUUAUAUUAUUAUCAGUUUGUCAAAUACACGAAAUGUGUCGGUGAUCGAAAUGGAACAAAGCUUGAAAUUGAUUCGAGAAUUUUUGACUGUUGAUAAAGGUUCAGAUCUAUUGUCAGUUGGUGUCAUUAAAACUUUAAUUACUAUAGUUGAAGAGAAUGGCGAUAGUAACAAUAAUGGGUUUGGAAAUAUAAAUGGGAAUAGUGAUCAUGAAGGAAUUAUAACAAAGGGGAUAGAAAACAUUCCAGAGGGUUUUAAAAAUGCCUGUUUAGAAACCAUUUGUGAGAUAACAUUAUUGAAUCCAGAACUAAUUUGUCAUUCAGGUGGAUUCAAGCUAAUUAUUAAUUCAAUUUUGGACAGACCAAUUGAAAUUGGAUCAACCUGUUUGAUGAUUGUUUUGAAGUUAUUAGAUUUUGAGAAUUCAAGAAAAUUUGUUCGCAACGGAUUCGAUUUGGAUUCAUUGAUUUCAAUUUAUUCAAAUUUAAGUGAUCAUGACGAUGAGACCAGUCUUGACAAUAAUUCAACCAGGAUACGAAAAACUUCCAAUUAUAAACUUCAAAAAAUUUCAUUUUUGAUAUCAACUCUAUUAAAGAAUUUUAAUGGAAUAAUUGCAUACCUGAUCAAUGAUUUCACAAGCAUUAAAAAUCUUCUUAUGAACUUGCAGAAAAAGAAUACCAAAGUACGGGAAUCAAUCUUGGAUUUGUUAUUGGAUGCAUUGAUGAUCCAGAGCUUUCCUUGGUUGAAAAAUUCACCUAUUGGCGAUUCAAUAACGAGAUACAAUGAAUUGUUUAACAGUGGUUAUCAAUUUAAAUUUGAAUUCAAACCACUAGACGAUGAAUUCAGCAAAAACAUAUUACACCACCAUCAGGGUCUUCUAGCAUUGAUACUUAUCAAGAAUGGCAUCUUUAAACAGUUGACUCAAAUAAUCGAGGAAAACCGUGGUAUAGACAUUCCAUCCCACAGCAUUGAGCAUAAACGAGCAACCAUGCUCUUGACCAAUUUGUAUGCAAUGGCAAACAACUAUUUACCUGCGGAAUUGAUCGGGGAAAAACUGUUGCUCCCCGAUUUAUCUUUAUGUGCUUCAUUUGAAAUUUUCAAUGAAACAAGACAUGAAUUUCGUCCUACAGCAGAAUACAAUCAACAUGUGAAAUCAAGCAUUAAACAACUAAACAUACAAGCAAAAUACAACAUUGAUGAUAAUGCAUUCAAAACUAUGAUUAGUAAUAGCAAAAUACUAGCAGUUAAAGAGUUUGAAGAUUGGAACUGGCAAUUGCUACUAACGUUAAUACAGGGUCCUUUAGGGAAUCCAAAAAGAUUCGAUGAAGUUUUAGAAAAAGUUCCCAAAUUUUUCAAAAGAUUAUUGUCAUUUUAUCGGCCAUUUAAAUAUCGGUUUUCAACAGUGGUCCUAACCAAGGACAAAAAUAGUUUUAAGUACAUUAAUAUUGGUUGUCAAUUGAUUGAAUUAUUUUUAAGUCUAGACAAUGGUAUCAAAUAUCUAAGCAAAUCAAAAUUAUUACCACAAAUUUCUGAGAUAGUUGCACAGAUUGACCCAUUUAGUGGGAUAACCUCAAGGGACCUGAUUUUAAGUGAAAAAAGACUUGAAACAACUGCAUCAGUUGGAUAUUUAAGAUUUAUCGGUGUUUUAAGUAGUCAUAGUCUGGGAAUCAGAUUGUUGGAACAAUGGCAGUUUUUCACAUUAUUUUUAAAUAUAAUAUCCUCAAGCACUGAAUCAGAAACCAAUAACUUGUUUAUUUUAACAAUUUUCAAGUAUGCAGACUUUUGCAUUGAUUCCCCUUUUAGAAAUAUUCUAGAAAUGGCAACUAGAGUAAGCAAUUUUAAGAUCAAGAACUAUUUAUUAAAGCAUGUGUUGCCGCGAUUGAUUAAGACUGAAGAAUGCAGUCUAUUCACAAUUAGAAUUUUGGUUGAAAAUUUGUAUAGUAUUGGUCCAAGUAAAAAGGGGAAUGGUGAUGAAGAUAUUGUCAUGAAAUCCAUUGAAAUAUUAUAUCAAUAUUAUCAGGAGGACAAUUUUCUUAAUUUGGAUACAUUAAUUCAGUAUCAACCACUGAUUGAAAUACUCCAAAGAUAUCUAUUAGGUAAAAAGUUGUUGAUCAACUUUUUAAGGUUUCCUCAAGGGUUCAAGUAUUUGGAACGAUUGGGAUAUUUAGAAGAGAAAUUUAACAAAUUGACACAAGUACAGGACUUCAAGUAUCUUUACAAAAUAAACUCGAUAAUUCAGUAUCAGUUUUUCCCUCAUGUAUUUCAUGCAAAUAACGGUUUGAACGAUGAUAAUGGUGAUGUUGAUGAUCAGCUUUCGAUUUAUUUUUUAAAGAAUUUGUUAUCUACCGAGGAGGGACUAAACUUUUUCCAAUUUGGAAAAGGUAAAGAAUUCCUAGACUCAAUUUUAUUAUCAACAGAAAUAAUUUUUCAACAAAUUUCCCAAGAUUCAAAAUUCCAUGACAUUGAAAAUCAAGAUGACGAAGAAGUUAGGUUUUUAAUCAAUGCUGUUAAACAAAACCUUUGGUUGAUAGGAAAUUUAGCCCUUGGAGAAUUUGGCAUUCAAUUAUUAGACCCAAUGUAUAAUAAUUCAUUAAAUGCCAAUAACAAUUCAAUAAUUAACAUAAUUAUUGAGAAUUUUAGAACUUGUUCAAUUUGGCAAAUAAGAGGCAUUUGCUUUUAUGUUUUAGGAAUGAUUGCUAGCACCAUUGAAGGGAUUGAGAUUCUUGAUGAAUUUAAUUGGGUUAGUUGUGUUGAUCAAUAUGGGAAUUGCAAGAGACUAUCGUACCCAAAAUUUGGGAAAUUGGUUGAAAUUUUCAACAUAGAGAUGAGUAAUCCCUAUAGAGAUACAAGAUAUUAUCACAUUUUUAAUAGUAUUCCAUUAGAAGUGACUGAACCUAAUUCAAGCACAAUCAACAACGAUGGAGAUGAUGGUGUUGAAGAAUUAGCUAUCAGUGACAAUACCGAUAAGUCUACUAACGCUAAUGGUGGCGAAACAGAGGAAGAUCAAGUUAAAGUUUCAUUAAGACGUAAAAUUAUUGUCUUGAUAACAAACUUGCAAGCAGUAUUAUCCAAGAUUGUCAACAAAUCGAUUCGCGAAUUGAACAAAUUGAGAUCAAUUUAUCCUGAAGUAUUCAAUUCCGACAUUGAACUAUUUCUUGAAAUAAUGAAAUUAAUCGAUAAAGCGAACUUUUCAUAUCAUCAGCGAAGCUUUAUAUUGAACUUGUUUCUAAAAAAAGAUACUAAAAUACUUGAGAACUUGAACAAAAAAUAG